GGGAGUUCCUAUGGGCUUAUGACCUGUAUGCAGAUGACCUCAAUAUUCCAGGAGAGUAGAGGAUGGGGAGUUUUCUUCUGUACGUGAGACGACACAUCAAGCCGUUUGUCAGAUCUAUUGUGGCACCUGCCAUGAAUUGGGGUCACUGCAAGAAGCUGCUCUGGAACCACUAUACUCCAGCACGUCAGGCAAGUGGAAGAGGGAGUCUGGAGAAGAGAAGGAGGGAGCCAGAAGCAGAGGAGAGGAGGACCUUUGAGCAAGGCAUGCCAUCCGGGACUCGGAGGGAGGACAGGAGGAAGGAGCACAGAUCCCAUAGGCACGAGAGAGCGGGAGGGUCAGGUGGUCCAGGGGUGCCUCCACAACCUGCUCAGAGGGAGGUGGAUUGUCCUAUGCCGAACAAAGAACCAGACGUACCUCAUGAGCCACAUGUGCAGGGGCAAAGGGAGGAGCAGUCUGCCCAGGAGAAGGAACCGGACAGAAAAGAGAGAGCAGCGAGAGAGCAAGAGAUCAAGGUUCAACUCAGGAUGAAGAACCUUGCAGAGCUGCAUGAGAGAAUGCAGCAGGGAAAAGAGCCUGAGGAGGUGGAUGACAAAAGUGGUAAGGGCACUCGCACUCAGGGAGGAGGACCUUCCCCUAUUUUCAGAGGUCUAGGUCUGCGGGACGCAUUGGGAUCUUGGGUCACUGGUUCGGGGCCAGAGGGACGUAUCGGCGAGCAGGUGAUGCGAGCAGAUGACAGAGCGACAUGCCCCACUUUCCCAGAGGUCCCACAGCAAGAGGUCACGAGUAAGGUCUCAAUAGUCCUGUCAUCAGUACCUUUGCAGGAAGGAGACAAAAUGUCCCAGAAGAAGAUUGGCAAAUGCUUCUACUGCAAGAAGGGCAAGCAUCGAUCUGACGACUGCCCUAAGAGCCUCAAGGAUGAGGCAAAUGGUUUGACCAUCAGAGAGUCAUCCGGGGUGUGGAGAGAUAGGAAUGGAGUCCUGGUUCCUAAGACUCGUGAUGGGGUGAGGGCGCAGUUGCAUAGGCAGCUGCAGGAGGUCAUGAGUGAUCAGGAGUAGGAUUCUUUAAUAAGGCCCGGAAAGGACUGAGUCUAGUAUACGCGAGACAUCUCUGACUCUCUGACUGAUGGUUGCUUGUAUAUAGGAGGGUGCAUGGAGGAUUGGAUCAGACCCAUGUACAUCAACAAAGUUGAGCCAGUAGU